AUGAGGUUAUCCACUGCACUCCUCGUCUCGGUCCUGUUUGUCUCCUCGACCACGCCCGUCCUGGGUGAAGUGCAGGACUCGAAGCGGUCUCUGAUGAAGCCACUGGCAAGAUCGCUGAACCUGCCAUCGCAGUCGUCCCGCGUUCGAAAGCUCGACUUCCCGGGAACUGGCACCUUUUCGAUCGGCAUGGCCUUCGGGAAGCACACGUUCCGCUUCGACGCCGAGAACCCGGCGGAGCGGCACAUGUGGUCGCUGGCCGAGCGCAGUGGCGCCGCGUGGAAGUCGACCACGGCAGAGGCGUGGACGGGCACCGACGUCUUCGCCCACGAUGACCCGCACCUCCUUGGCGUCUGGAACGAGCUGAACUGGGACGGCCUGCAGCCCAACAAGUACAUGGUCGUCGUCGAUCCCACGGACCUGACACUUCUUGCCACUAGGCCCCUAUCAACGUCACAAUAUUCAUGUUAG